CGUCGGUUCGGAGGCGAGCGCGCGACAGUGAUUAACAAUGCGACAAUGAGGAGAUUCAAUGAGUUUCUCGCGAUCUGCGUCGUGUUGCAGUGCUUUUAUGGUGUAUGCACCACACACUUGCUCAUAAAUGUCAAAAAUCAGGGUGGUGAUAUCCUUCUGGAAACUAUCUCGUCUAAUGUUACGGAAGAUCUGAUUACUCUUGAAUUCCAGCGUUCUGAUGGUACACUAGUCACUCAACUUAUUGAUUUCAAAAAUGAAGUGCAAGUUAUAAAAGCUCUGGUACUUGGUGAGGAGGAACGUGGACAAAAUCAAUAUCAAGUCAUGUGUUUCGUAAAUCAUUUUUAUAAAGUAGAUUUUAUAUCAUCUGACGCAAUGUCCAAACUACGUCAAAAGAAUCCAGGCACCGUACGGAUAGCGGAGGAGGACAGAGGUCAUGUCAAUUACACAAUGGACUUGUUUCUGGAUGUUUCUCAGUCCAAGGAAAUCUCAAAGCAUGUUACCACACUUUGUGCAGAAGCAGCUGGAUCGACUUACACCAGGAAUGAUGAUAUAAAACAAUGGAUUCAAAGACCAGGCUCUUCGGAAGAGUUACUCAUGACAGCUGUAUAUAACUUCACAAAUGUGCCGCAAUCGGGUAUGAACGAUACAAGGUCUUUACUGGUCUCUAAAUGUGCCGACACGUCAAAUCUCUGGGCACCUUGUACGUGUUCCCUUGAAUUGUGUAUUGGUUGGUAUCCAUGUGGUUUAAAAUUUUGUAAAGGAAAGUCUGAUGGCAAAAAGGUAGCAAGCACUUAUCGAUGUGGCAUAAAAACGUGUAAGAAAUGUUUUAUAUUCUCAUAUUAUUCUAAAAUGAAACAGAACUGUCUAUGGGAUGAAUGA